GGCGCGCUUGUGAGUCUGUCUGGCAGUGGGGAAGCCUCCGGGUAGGGGAGCGCGGCGGCGGCGGCGGCGGCGGCGGCGGCGGCGGCGGCGGCCGGGCUGUAGUCGGAGCUCCGAAGGGAGUGACGAGGGAACCCGGCGGGCUGCUUUCCUUCCGCUGCGCUUGAUUUUUCUUGCCUUUUGGUCCCGGCCGAGUGUCGCCCACUGAGCAGAGAUCCCCUAGCAAAACCCGGAGCGACCCUGCCGUCAAUUCUUGGGCGCGGGAUCGCCGGGAGCUUCGCGUGCCCCGAGCGCGGACCGAGCGCGCCGGGCGCGAAGGCAAGGGGAGCGGAGCCGGCCGCGGGCGGGGGCCCGGAGCUUGCCUGCCUCCCUCGCUCGCCCCAGCGGGUCCGCUCGCGCAGGGCGCAGGGCGCAGGGCGCGCGCGAUGAAGGCGGUGAGCCCGGUGCGCCCCUCGGGCCGCAAGGCGCCGUCGGGCUGCGGCGGUGGGGAGCUGGCUCUGCGCUGCCUGGCCGAGCACGGCCACAGCCUGGGUGGCUCGGCGGCCGCGGCGGCCGCGGCGGCGGCAGCGCGCUGCAAGGCGGCGGAGGCGGCGGCCGACGAGCCGGCGCUGUGCCUGCAGUGCGAUAUGAACGACUGCUACAGCCGCCUGCGGAGGCUGGUGCCCACCAUCCCGCCCAACAAGAAAGUCAGCAAAGUGGAGAUCCUGCAGCACGUUAUCGACUACAUCCUGGACCUGCAGCUGGCGCUGGAGACUCACCCGGCUCUGCUGAGGCAGCCGCCACCGCCGGCGCCACCGCACCACCCGGCCGGGACCUGUCCGGCAGCGCCGCCGCGGACCCCGCUCACGGCGCUCAACACCGACCCGGCCGGCGCGGUGAACAAGCAGGGCGACAGCAUUCUGUGCCGCUGAGCCGCGCUGUCCAGGUGAGCGCGCGUUUCCCCCCUCCAGUGACGCCCGUCCCCAGGGGCUUCCGGUGCCAGGCACAGCAGUGUUGUGUGCUCCUAAGCAUUUCUGAGGGCAAAUCCCAAUGAAGGGGACAACCCCCGUCCGUGCCACCGUACUUCGCUUUGGUAAUUGGGGGUUCACUCUAAAUGGAGACGGGUCAGCAGCUCCUGUCCCCGUCGUCCCCGCCACGCCACCCCCGUGCCUCUCCCACGACCAGCGGGCUCUAAUGCCUUCCUCCCCGCCGAGGGAGGGCACCCUCGCGGGCGUGGAAACUGCCCGAUGCGCACCCCCCCACCCACCCUCCCACCUCCCCCCCACGCUGUCUGACACAAAGUGUGAUGCGGGCAGGGCCUGGGAGUGGAUCCCCAAUCCGGGCUUCCCGGGGGCCAGCAGCUGCCUGCCGCUCUCCUGGCCGGCUGCGGGCUGCGGGUGUUGUCUGACCUGGUGGUUUGUUUUGGGUUGUUGAUCAAGCAUGUCUUGAGUUUGGUCGGUGGCGCCAGUUAGUCUGCAGCGGGAAGGUUCACACACCCCCUCUAUUCAUUCCUCUUCCACAGGUGUGCGGCCGCCUGAGCCCGAGCCAGGAGCACUAGAAAGGGAGGGGGAAAGAGCAGAAGUUAGAGAAAAAGCCACCCGAGGAAAGGAGGGAAAAAAAAAUAUCAGCAAAUCCUAGAAACGAUUCAUUCGUCAUUCCGAGAGAGAGAGAGAGAGAGAGAGAGAGAGAG